UCCUCCUUACCCUGUACGGAGGGAGCCGAACUCAACAGCACACACCGCACUAAGAAAUACCGUUGCUGCGACCUUGUAGACGAACUAGCUGACAAAUGGAAUGCGAUGAGCGAUGCCGAGAAGACACAGGCUACGAAGGAGUACACGACGGGCUUGCAGGAGGCACGGGACACUGAGCGGUUUGCCCAGCGCAACACUAAGCUCGGUGCCCAUCACGACGCCCAAGACAAGAUUGCUACGGCGAAGGUAUUGCUCUCCGAGGCGGCCGACAGAACGGGUGUCCAGAGCCUCGUCAUCAACGUCCGAGGAUCGCCGGAGGACUGGACAAAGCCACAUGUCUUCUUCACGCAUGAGGGCAUCUCCCUCUUCUUCGACAUCUUCAUGCGAUGUCCCCUCACACUGCUCGUCACGCGGCUUGAAGCUUACUUGGUUUGUGGGGCAGCCGAUGUUGUCCAGAAUCACAAGCAGCGACUCCUCCAUGCGAAGAAGGAGCUAGCAAGAUUAGUACUCGAGAAGCUCAAUGCCACUCUGAAGAAGAAGAAGAACCCCGUGCUACAGAUGAACUACGUCAAUAUCGACGAUGCUAUCACACGAAAGCAUCACGUCCUCAUCCGCGGAUACCCGUCGGGCGUGUCGUUCUGCGCGCCAAGCAAGCUCGGGAGCAUGCUCGAAGUCGAGCUUGUCACGGCUGCAUGGUCUUCGGGUACGACACAUUGGCACCGCUUGGAGGGCGAGGAAUGGGUGAAGUGGCUGAAGGACCAUCCGGAGUUGGAUGAAGCUGGGGCCGAGGUUGAUGAUGACGACGACGACGGAGAGCCUGACGUGCCCUUGGCUGUAGCCUUGGCGGCGCGCGUGGAUAGCGGUGUGUCCUCCUCCCAGAGUCCUGUCUCCCCCACAACACCCUCCGUCCCCGCUGUCGCUGCCACGAUUCCCGAUGUCACACCCGUGGCCCUCGACAAUGCCCAGGCAGCCACGAACGUCGCAUCAGCCUCCCUCGUCGCGCCGGUCUCUGCCAACAUCACACCGGCCUCUGCCAACGUUGCGCCGGCCUCUGCCAACGUUGCGCCGGCCUCUGUCGACAUCGUGCCGGCCUCCAUCAACAUCGCCGGGGCCUCUGGUUACAUCACGCCGGCCUCUGGUAAGAUCGAACCGGCCGCUGUUGUGCCGCCUCAUGGUGCCAAUCGCUCGGGUUCUACCCCCGCCGACAUACCCUCCUCCUCUGCCUCCCUCGUCAAUAGUGCCGCCGCCGCCGCCGCCAUCGGCCCCUUGUCUCUCCCCCCUACUACCUCUACCCCUGCCGACGUCCCCUCCGGUACUGCUGCUCCGACAACUGCCAAUCCCCGUCCUGCUGAUGUCGUGAACACCACGACUCCGGGCCCUGUCGAUGUCACCGUCGCCUCCCGAACCGCUGACACCGUUUCGGGUGAGCACCCUACUAUCCUCAUCGACUCAAGCGUGGCGAACGUUCCUGUCGCGGCACCCGCUGGCAAGCCCAAGAGACGUCGAGCAGCUGCCGCCACGAAGGCAACCAAACGCCAGAAGACGGACGGCGGCAACUUCAUCAUGUGUGGCCCUGACGGUAAGCGUGUGGGACAAGCUUCGAAGCCUCGUGGUCGUGGGGGUUAG